AUGGAGCCCUCCGUGACCGAGGGCUCCGCCGCCCACGGCAGCAACAUCCGCGUGGCGGUGCGCGUGCGGCCCGUGCCCGGGGACGCGGGCAUCAUAGAGGUGCUCGGGCAGGGCACCAUCGUGAUCCGCAAGGAGGGCGCGACCGGCGGCAACGAGUACCUCUCCUCGCAGCAGGGGCGGUACGAGGAGCGCUCGUUCGACCGCGUGUUCGGCCCACAGGCGACGCAGGAGGAGGUGUACGCCUGGUGCUGCCAACCGCUGGUGCAGGGUGCCAUCGAGGAAGGCACCAACGCCACGAUCUUUGUCUACGGCGCCACUGGCGCCGGCAAGACCCACACCAUGUUCGGCGAGAGGGACGAGCGCCAGCAGGGCCUGAUCUACCGGGCCAUACACGAGGUGUUCGCCGCCAUCGCCGAGAGGGAAGAGGCCGCGCGGCCGCAGGUGAGGGUGUCCUUCCUGGAGCUUUACAACGAGAAGCUCUACGACCUGCUGCAGCCAACGGAGGGCGGCGGGGGGUACCUUUGCAGCCUCAUGGAGGAUGAGCGGAGAGGCCUGCUGAAGAUCGGCAACCUGAGCGAGGUCGCCGUGGGCUCCACGGAGGAGACGCUGGAGCUGCUCCAGGCUGGCCUGCAGCUGCGCAAGGUGGAGAGCACCGCCAUGAACCAGCGCUCCUCGCGCUCGCAUGCGGUCUUCAUGCUGCAGAUGGAGGGCCCCCGCCGCAACCAGAACAGCAAGAUCUGCCUCAUAGACUUGGCCGGCUCCGAGCGAGCCUCGCAGACGCAGAACGUGGGCUCGGCGCUGCGCGAUGGCGCGAAGAUCAACCAGUCGCUGCUGGCCCUGGCCAACUGCAUUAACGCCCUCGGCGAAAGCAGCCGCGCGGCCGAGAGGCGGGCCACCGCCAACGAGGUCUCGGAGGUGGUCCGCGAGAGCCGCCCGGACGCCCGCGAGCGCGCUAAGACGCCUCAGAGGAAGCCUCCCUAUCGGGACUCGAAGCUGACGCUGUUGCUGAAGAAUUCGCUGGUCACGGGGGGGCUGGUGUCCAUGAUCGCAAACGUGCAUCCUGGCAAGAGCCACUUCGAGGACUCCAACAACACGCUGGAGUACGCCAAGCGCACCUCAAGCGUGAAGGGCUCGGUGGUCGUCCGGACAGCCACCCCCAUGCCCCCCACUGCUGGCCGCGCAGUGCUGCCCGGGUCUGCUGCAGAGGCGCUGGGCGCCCCCGCCGCGGCAGAGCCCUCCCCCCUGGCGCCGCUGCUGAUGGGCUCGAGGGCCCCGGCCACCGAGCCCGUGAAGUGGCGCCAGCGCUCGCUGACGCCGAGCCGCAGGGCCCACACCGACCCGCAGGCCGAGACGCCCAAGGGCGACCGCUCCCGGGCCAAGUGCCCGCCCAUGGACUUCACCUUCUCGACGGCGCCCGAGGGCCGCGCCACCGCCACCUUCGGCUCCGCCACCCCGAGCUCCGCCGCGCGCCGCCGCGGCGCCGCGGCUGCCGGCGAGGCGGACUGCGGCUCCCCGUCGGGCGGCGAGCGCGCGCGCACGGCGCACACGGAGCGCUCCGGGAGCCCGGUGUCCCACCGGCUGCUGCGGCGGCAGUCGGAGGGCGCGGAGGCCGACGGCCUGCGGCGCCAGCGCUCCCAGCCCGCGGCGGGCGCCGCCGACGCCGAGGCGCGGCGGCAGCGCCCGCAGCAGGCCGCCCGGGCGGCGCCGCGCGGGCCCGCGGGCCCCGCGCCCGGCGCCGCGGGCCCGAAGCGCCUGUCCGACCCGCCGCCGGGCGGCGCGGAGGGCGCGCGGAGCCCGACGCCGAGCCGCAAGCCGGCGUCGCCGCCGCUGGGGGGCGGGCCCAGGCAGCCGCGCGCCUGCGCGGAGACGCCCUCGCCCGCGCCCGCAGCCUCGAGGCAGCCCGGCGCGGAGGCGUCGGCCGACGACGCGUCGCGCGAGGUGUUGAUGCAGGUAGUGCAGUCGCUGCACGCGGAGAAGGCCGCGAUGGACGCGCGGAUGCGCUCGGAGAGAGCGGCGAUGGAUGUGCAGCUGAACGCCGCACUUGCCGACAGAGCCCGGCUGGAGAUGGAGUGCGACCAGCUGCGCGCGGCCAAUCUCGAGAAGGACCGCCAGAUGGCAGCGUUGUUGGCCUCUAUGGGCCAGCCUCUGGGCACUGUGACGCACGCGAUCUGA